UGCCGGCCAGGCACAGAUUGAGCGCGAUGUCGCCCCACAGGGAGUAGUGACCCUCCUGCGCCUGGGCGGAGCAGCGAUAUCAUUUCAGCAUAGAUGACCAUGCUGCCUGCAAUUCAAGUGUGGUUUGGAGAAGACCUGCCUCUAAGUCCACGGAGUCCUCUGACCCCCAGACAUGGGCCAGGUUUGGCUGAUGUUUGUCAGUAUGAUGAGUGGAUAGCUGUGAGGCACGAAGCUACCCUGUUGCCCAUGCAAGAAGAUCUGUCAAUCUGGUUAUCCGGUUUAUUAGGUAUUGAAGUUAAGGCAGAAAGGUUAUUGGAAGAACUUGAUAAUGGAGUACUGUUAUGCCAACUGAUUGAUGUUCUUCAAAACACGGUGAAAACAUGCAACUCUGAAGAACCAGUGAAUUUUCCAAUGAGAAAAGUGCCCUGUAAGAAAGAUGCUGCAUCAGGUUCGUUCUUUGCUAGAGACAAUACUGCGAACUUCCUUCACUGGUGCAGGCACAUCGGGGUUGAUGAGACUUACCUCUUUGAAUCUGAAGGUUUAGUUUUGCACAAAGAUCCGAGACAGGUGUAUCUUUGUCUUCUUGAAAUUGGUCGAAUUGUGUCAAGAUAUGGGGUUGAGCCUCCAGUAUUAGUAAAAUUUGAGAAAGAAAUUGAGCUAGAAGAGACCUUACUUAAUACUUCUGGGCCUGAAGAUUCCAUCAGCAUUCCAAAAUCAUGCUGUCAACAUGAAGAGCUUCACGAAGCUGUUAAACACAUCGCUGAAGACCCUCCUUGUAGUUGUUCUCAUCGAUUUUCUAUUGAGUACUUAUCUGAAGGACGGUAUCGACUAGGAGAUAAAAUACUUUUUAUAAGAAUGCUUCACGGAAAACAUGUCAUGGUCCGUGUCGGUGGAGGCUGGGAUACUCUUCAAGGAUUUUUGCUUAAAUAUGACCCCUGUCGAAUAUUACAGUUUGCUACACUAGAACAGAAAAUUCUAGCAUUUCAAAAAGGAGUUUCUAAUGAAAGUGUGCCUGAUUCGUCCGCCAGAGCACCUCAGCCUCCUGAAAUGAAUCCUUUGUCAGCAGUUAGCAUGUUUCAGAAACAAAAUUCAAACCCUGGCACACCAGUUGGUAUUCCAAGGAGCAAAGAGAAGCAGGUACGUCUGCCAGGUGUGUUGCCACCAGCAUCUUCCCUGAAAGGAGGCAGUCUGGCCUGUGGGUCAGUCCGUUCUAAAUUUCCAAAUUCUCCAGCAGCGUCCUCUCAUCUCAAACUCAGAUCUUCAAAGGACGUAGCAAAGAAACCGCAGGCUCCUUCAAACGAUGCAUCAUCUUCAUCUGCUUCUUUAAAUCCAGUAGGUAAAAGCACUUUUUCACCAGCUUUGUUAAGAACUGCACCUUGUGUAUCUGAGUCGUUGAGAAAAUGUAUCUCAUCACCCAGUACUCCAAAGGCCAAGCUUAUUCCAGCCCAGAAGUCAAGAGAUGUGCCUGAGUCUACACUUUUGCCAAAUAAGUGUUCUGGAAAAAUUGAACCAAAGCAUUUGAAACACCAUCAUGUGUCUUCCAGGGAUUAUGCAGUCUCUCACUCAGCUACACAUUUAAAUUCAUCAUCAAAGUGUCCAAAGCCACCUAAGGCAAAUCUGCACCUAAAGCCUAACCCUUCUCCUUCUUUCCAGUCUCCUGCAAAAGUGACAACAUCCAGUUCCAAAACCAUAACCACGGGUCUGAGAACACAGUCUCAGCCACGUGUUGGAGCUCUGCAAGCGGGGGCAAUGCCAGCACAGAAACUUAAGUCAGCCUUGAAUUUAAACCAGCCACUUUCUGUAACCUCAGUUGCUCCUGCAAAAGCUGCAGAGAAGUCGAAAGAUAAGAAUAUGGUUUCAGUUGCCAAAAAGCAGCCUCAGAAUAAAAGCACGUCCCAGAAGACAGGACCCAGCUCCUCUAGGUCCCCGGGCCGUACCCCGCUGUGCAUUGUGAGUCUUCCCCAGUCUUCUGCCAAAGCACAACCUGAACCAAAGUCAGCACAGACUGCCACCAAGAGCCAGUGCUUAGCCAAAGGGCCUCCCAAAAGUGGCAAAGCCCCGGCUGCAACCAGGAAACCACCCUCAUCUGGCAAGGAGGCAGUUAGUGGAGAUAAAAAACCUUCUGCAAAGAAGAAGGAAGACGAUGAUCAUUAUUUUGUUAUGACUGGAAGUAAAAAACCUAGAAAAUAA